AAUACCAAUUCGGAAUCUAUGAACAACAGACUAAAGGAAUCUAUUGACUGGAAACCUCACAAACUCCCAGACCUUAUCAACAAAAUCAACGAAGUAAGCGCGUUCCAAUUUAACGACCUUCGCCGAUCCAUCCAUGGUAGUGGCAAUUUCAUCCUGGAGGACACUUUUAAAAAUCAUCAUGUGUCACCAGACAAGUGGGUCAAGAUGAGCCAAACUGAGAAACGGAGAAGGACGUGGAAACUCCUGUCCCAGAAACCCAGAGAUCCCGAGAAGAAAAACUACAUCAAGUCAACCAACUGUAGUUUUCAGGUUCCACCGACUGCAAAGAUUGCGCAGAAACCCAACCAAAGGAAAAGACCGAGAGCCGAGCGUGUCAGGCGAUGAUUUCCA